AUGUGGGAAGUCAUUAGAAACAAGUAUGAGGGAUAUGGGGAUGGAGGAAUUGAGAAUCCCGAAAGAAACUUUAUUGCCAAUAACAAACAUAUCGCCAAGUUCAGUUGUAAACCAAAUCCAAAAGAACAAGAUCCCAAUAGUUGCACGCCUGCCUAUGGAUCUCUUCUCUAUACAAAAAUAUGUAAAUUGACAAAAUCGGACAAUGACAUACUAGUCAUUAAGAGUAUGAAAUCACUUCAAGAGUUGUAUAAGGCUUCCUCAAAGAAUAUUUCUGCAAGCAUUCUCUACACGGAUCAUCAAAUCAUUCCGAAUUUAGUGGAUUUGACAAAGAAGGAAUUUUCCAAAGAGGAGGCUUUAAAAACCUUGUGUUGUGCUUUCAAAUGUAAGCAUGGAAGAGUUUCCAUAUUACCACAUGUACCAUCCAUUCAAAAUGAUAUUUUGAGUCAUUAUCAAACAGAAAACCCUCAACAUGUGUAUCUAACUCUUAAAUUAUUCAAAGGUUUAGCUUUGGAAAAAGAGGCAUGUCAUCAAAUGACUGAGAGUGAAGAUCUUCCAGGUUUGGUCAUGCAGUGUUUGGAUUUCUACCAAAGCAGAGACAUUCAUCCAAAGGCAAUGAAGAAUGGACUCAAGUUAUUGAAUCAAUUGCUUCAAGUUCCAAAAACUCAUGUUCUACUCGUAGUAGAAGAUCGAAUUUUCUAUUUAAUUGAAAAGAUCUUUGAACAUACAAAUUAUGACGACAAGGUGAUGGUUGCCCUUAUGGAACAUAUUUCUCUUUUGAGUCUCUACACCGAUGGUUUAACAAAAUGCGUUAGAUUUAUUCAAAAUAUUAUGACAUACCUGGAAACAAGAAAUUUGUCUCUACUCUUACAGUGUAUCUGUGCCUUGUCUCAUAUUACCAUAAGUGUGGAGGCUAAAUAUCAAAUAAUGGAAGAACAAAGCCCCAUCAAAAGUGAAUUCAUUCGAAAAGUAACCCAAAUAUUUGAUAAUUAUUUAGUGACCUAUGACAAUCAUUAUAUAUUCAUUAAUAAUUUGAAAGUAAUUUGUAAUAUUGCAGAGAAGGAUAGAAAGGCAUUGAAAGAACUCAUCUCAAAAAUUGAUACUCGAUUACAACAAUUAAAUAAUCCCACAGUGGUUGAUGAGCUUGAACAUACGAAACAAGUACUAUCAUGGACUCCAUAA